AUGGUAUUGUUUAUAAAAUCAUUUGAUUAUGGCCUUUAUAAUACAUUAAUAUCAAAGUUUACAACCUUGUGUAAUACACUUCUCUUGCUAGCAAUUUUAGCUAAAGAGAACCUUCAUCGUGAAUAUUUGAAAAUAAACUCAGCUCUCCAGAAAAAAUGUGAAUAUAUGAAGCGAAGUUUAAAUAUUGAGGACCUAAAUUAUCUGAAGCCUUCAAACAAGAAAGGAAAAGGAGAAAAUUACUGCAGGAUUAUUGAAAUCAAUCAAACACAACAUUCAAACUUAUCAGAAGCCCUUCUGCCUGCUUCUCUUUCACCUCCACACAUUCAAAGUUCUGACUUCUCAACUAGUGUACCAACAUAUACUCAAACAUAUUUACCAGCUGCAGAACAAACACCAAAAUCAUUGAAUUCUGUACUUGCUGCAGAACUGGAGGAAAUUUAUGAUUCUCAAGCAAGCAUUUAUGAUUGGCAAAAAAGAAGAAAAAAUAGUGAGAUUAAAUGGGGAGAACGUAGGUCAAUGUUGUUUAGCUGGACAUUGUCGAAGUUGAGUGUUCCAGAUAAAGGUAAAUAA